AUUUUUAUUCCCAAAAUGCUGACGCUUAAAAUCAAACUAUUCUACAAGAAGGUUGCGUGCUGUACCAGAUUUACACAUGGCGAGCGAGAUAUUCUAACGUAGUUGCUGUCCAUGCGGCAGUAAAGGCGGCCUCCGUUCAAAAUGGUGGUCUUUGCAGCGAAAGAAAGAAAGAGCACAAGUUAAUUUCUGUAAAUGGCAGACUCGAAGUCAGACCAAAAUCACCUUCAUUCUCUACACGCGUAUGGUGAAGUGAAUAAAACAUUGAGGCAGAGUGACGUUGGAUGGAGGGAGCGAGUUCUGGCUGGUGGCGGAGCUGCUGUUCUUUCUGGCAUUAUUUUCAAUCCUUUCGACGUCAUUAAGACUAGACUGCAAGCUCAGGUAGGUGGAGCAGCCCUUCCUCACCACAACAUGCAAUUUGUGAGGUCAGAGGUGUACAAAGGUCCAUUUGAUGCGUUUUGCAAGAUAAGUCAACAGGAGGGAUUCUUUCGGCUUUGGAGAGGUACAAAUGCUAGCCUGCUAUUGGCAGUGCCAACUGUUGGAAUAUAUAUGCCUUGCUAUGACGUUUUCCGAGAUUGGCUUGAAGAUUUUUCACGUAAAAAUGCACCUGAAUUUACACCAUAUGCACCAUCGGUAGCUGGAGCAAUGGCACGUGCUUUGGCAUGCAUUACUUGUUCUCCCAUUGAAUUAGCAAAGACAAGGAUGCAGGCACAGAAAUUCCUUCAUGCGGGAAUGACACCUCCAGGGAUGUGGGAAACUUUAGUUGGUGUGCUGUUGUCUGUGAAGAAUAAAUCAACCGGAAAAGAUUUUCAAGGAUUCCAGGUUCUAUGGACAGGAGCAGGAACUCAGUUAGCUCGUGAUGUUCCCUUUUCUGCAAUUUGUUGGGUAACUCUUGAGCCGCUGAGGCGGCAUCUACUUGGGUUGGUUGAGUCUGAGGCAAAUGCAUUGAGCAUUUUGGGAGCAAAUUUUUCAGCUGGUAUAAUAGCUGGUGGGGUUGCUGCAGCUGUGACGUGUCCAUUAGAUGUUGCCAAAACACGCCGACAAACAGAGAAAGAUCCGAUAAAAGCAAUCAAAACAAGUACCAGGAAAACAUUGGUGGAGAUUUGGAGGGAUGGAGGAGUGCGGGGGUUGUUUACUGGUGUAGUACCACGUGUCAUUCGAGCUGGUCCAUCUGUUGGAAUUGUAGUUUCAUUCUAUGAACUUGUCAAAUACAUGCUACAUCAGGCAGAUGCAUCUUGAUAACUGUGAGCACAACAUUUGGGGAGCUCAGCGUUCAAGAUACGAUGGGUCACAUGUAAAGCUUUUGCUUGCAGAAUCGUCAAUUUUCAUCUCAAAUUAAUGGAAAAGCAGCUGCGCAUUCAUCUUUUAUAGUCUUCAAUAAUAAUAACCUUGGAGAACUAAGAUUGUACACAAGAAUAAAGACAUGCAGUAAUUGUGUAACUAAAGACUUUUAAUUCUUUGAAAGAAAAAAGAAUAUCUCGUGGUAAUGGCAAUCCUUAAUCUAUUAAACUUGAUGGUUGGGUUGAGACCAUGCCCAUAUGAUAUUUCAUGUCCAUUUCAAGGUCAUUUUUUGAAUGUGAUAGGAAAAAUAAAUUUUGUGAUA